AUGAAGCCUCGCAGCUCGCGCCGAGCUCCACCCCUCAAGGAUAGCGACUUUGAUCACGAAAUCAACCUCGUUGACCAUUCAACGUCAGACCUUGGGGCGCCGAGUUUGGAAGAAGGAGCCCUCCGCUCAUCUACGUCUGAGCCCGGUAUCGUUGCGGGUCCUUCGUCGUCCGGCCUGGAUUCUCCACCAGCCGUUGACAAUGCCACCGCGGGUCAUGAUGGGCCAACCCAGGGCGGUGGCCAAGCUGACAAUAGCGGCCAGCCGACUGCUAUUAAAAACCCUCUUGUCGAGAUAGAAGAGCCAACGCCUGCCGCGGAGGACAAUCAGCCAAAGGGUGGGAAUCAAACCGUCAAAGUCAAGCCGAAGUCCCCCGAAUCUGCAAUCGAUAUCCUCUACGAGAACCAGCGCGGCGGCUUCCUAUGCGGCAUACCCCUUUUCUCAUCUAAAGCCCUCGGAAACCUCGAUCCGGCGGCAUGGACAAACUCUGCCCAUAGGCAUAGCCCGACAGAUACCCAGACAGCUCAAGUGCCAGACCCGAGCUGGGAAUGGGCAUGGCCGGAGUGGAAGAUCAACCACGACGACGGCGUCGAUGAAGACGGAUGGGAAUACUCGUUCAUGUUCACCAAGAAUUUCUCCUGGCACGGCCCAAGUUGGUGGAAUUCCUUUGUCCGGAGACGCGCAUGGAUUCGGAGACGGGUCAAGAAAGGCACAUCAUACACGCCGCAAGACCCCCUUAGGCUCAACCCGGAAUACUUCACAAUCCGGCCUGCCUCGGCCGCUAGCCACAGCCGAAGUCCAAGCAGGGCGACGGCAAGCCGCCGCGGGAGCAUCAUAAGCACGGGCACCAGCCAGGCAGCCGAGACCGAGGAGCUGGAGAGACCAGACAUCGAGGACAUGGAGUCGCUUCUCUCGGCUCUGCGCGUAUCGAGAAUCGACAGGGAGAAAAUCGAGGCCGUGGACAACUAUCUAGAGCAUGGGCAGCAUGAUGACCUCAUCCACCUACAAGAAGAGAUGCACGAUAUCAUGGCCCUCUUCGUGUUCCAGGCUUCGAGGAAAGUGCUCCUUGCAAGACUGACGGAAGUGCACGAUGAGACGCAAAAGAAACUGGAAGAAGAUGACUCGGACACCCUCAGACGCAGAGCUGCAGACCUGGCAGCGGCAGUCAAGCAAGCAGACGAAGAGGUCAAGAAACUGGAAUACUGGAGCGAUGUAAAAGCAAUGGCCGAGGAGGGCAAGUCCAAGGGUGCCGUUGACGGUGGCGAGGGAUGGGACGACGCAUGGCGAGGGUUGGAUAAGAGCGGACCCGCAGGCCCUGAUCCGAAGAGAGCUCAGCCUUAG